AUGCGCAGGAAAGUCAAAGUCGGUGUUUACUGCAUCUUUCUCUUGGGCAUCAUCGACAUUGCAUUUUCUCUCACGCGAUUCUUGACAAUCCAACUGGGUGAUAGCGAAGACUUUCGAUCUUUUACGAUAAUUGAACUCUGGUGUUCUCUCGAUGUGUACAUCGGUCUUGUAAUCUGCUGCAUCCCAGCUCUCCGACCAUAUCUUCACAGGAAGGGAGUCAACUACAACUACCAGGAAUCAGGACGUCCUUCGAAGUCUGGUCAUGCGAUACGUCGGACAGGCCAGAGCGGAUUUGAAGAGAUAAUUGAGGGGUCAGGCAUCAGGGGCGAUGGUCAAGAUGAUUCAUGGUCUGGAUCCCAUUCUUGCGAGAUUACAGCAGAGAUGAGUGAUAAAAAGCAAAAUGGGAGUGAUAUCGAGCUCGUCAGUAUUGAGAUCAGUAAGAGUAAUGUGUAG